GGGAGGGGAGACCGCUGAGGGCGGCGCAGGACCAGCUCUGGGCCAGGGGGUCCAAAGUGCUCACCCCCGGCACAGCCGGACGUUUGGGGGCCUUCUUUCAGCAGGGGACAGCCUGACUGGGGACGAUGGCACCUCUCCACCACAUCUUGGUUCUCUGUGUGGGUUUCCUCACCAUGGCCACCGCAGAAGCGCCACAGGAACACGACCCGUUCACCUACGACUACCAAUCCCUGCGGAUCGGAGGCCUCAUCAUCGCCGGGAUCCUCUUCAUCCUCGGUAUCCUCAUCGUCCUGAGCAGAAGGUGCCGGUGCAAAUUCAACCAGCAGCAGAGGACUGGGGAACCUGAUGAAGAGGAGGGAACUUUCCGCAGCUCCAUCCGCCGUCUGUCCACCCGCAGGCGGUAGAGACACCUGGCGCGAUGGAACCCAGCCAGGUCCUGCAGCUCGGGCUAGGCUGGGGGGCGGGGGGAGGAGAAGGGGGCGAAGGGUGGGCUGGGAUGGCCGGGGGGCUCUCUUGCCUCUCACCUUUGUCACCCCCACAGGAUUCCCCUGGCGCCUGAUGCCUCCCACCCACCACCUGUGCGCCCACCGCCACCUGGACUGCCCUCUUCCCCAGCCCUGCCCCCGCAGGCUCCUCUCUGCCGCCCAGACUUCAAUAAAACGUGCUUUUCUCUCUUGA